AUGAACAUUGCUAUUAAAAGUCAAGACAUGCAACGGCAUCAGAAAAAACAAGAAAAACAAGAUAUACCGUCCGUCAACCAACUAUCUGAUCCUAUUCUUAAAUGCUUAAAAGUGUCUCCUAACUUAUUCACACCAGAAAAACUAAAUAUAUUCGAUACAGUUAUUUUAUAUACAACCUUGAUCAAUUGUUCACAACAUAUUGAACAAGGUGAAAGAUUAAAUAAUCUAUCAUGGAGAAUUAUUAACAAAGCUUUGUUAAAGGAUAAAUCUAUCAAUAAAUCCAAAAAGAGAGAUGGUGUCAAAAAUUUGUAUUAUGUAUUGAAUCCAGUUCAUAAUAAGAAUAACAGUAAUACUAGUAAAAAUAACACUACAAGUAAUAGCGGUAACAGUAGUAAUAUCUCAGGUGAAAAUAACGUUCCCGACGUUUUUAGCACAACUAUAAGUAAUAUUAAUAAAUCAACUAAUGAAGAAGAUACAAAUAGUAAAGAGCAGCCCAAAGCGAAAAAAACAACUUUAAACAGUACUUAUAAUUCAUCUAGCGGAUUAUUUACCCUUUUAGGGCAAAGGUACCAACACCAUGAAAACUUUAGGACCAACAAUAGUCAAACUAAUAAAGUUACCAAUAAAAUUAAUAAAAACACUUAUUUGCAUCUUAAUGACAACCAUAAAAUACGUAAUGAUAUUAAUAGUAAUGGAAAACAUCCAAUUAUUGUUACAGGCUUCGACACAAAUACUUUAAUCACCAAGACUAAAACUAUCAAGGCUAAUUCAGGUGAUAAUGCUACUGAUUUUUCAGGUGAUAACUCUAAAUAUUCUAAAUAUAAUAAAAAAGGAAACGAUAACAAUAAUGCACCAGGUUUAAUGCGACAGAAAAACUCAUUAUUUACUUACCCUUCAUCCAAGUAUAAUACCGGUAAUAAUAAUAAUAUCAACGACAACAAUAAGAAAAACCAAAACCAUAAUUCAAAUAGAAUAUUUUUUAGUAGUGAGGAUGAAGAUGAAGAUGAAGAUGACUCUGAUUGGAAUAGUCUUUCUAGUGAUGAAGAUGCAUAUGAUUAUGAUGACUACAGCGAUGACGAUAAUCAUGAGAGUAGCCAUAAGGCUAACAAAAAAGAUGAAUUUGGUCAUGAAGAUGAUGAAGAGGAUGACGAUCAAUACUAUAAGCGACAAUGGAAUAAACUAGUGUUUACUAAACAGAGUAAAUUAAGAGCCACUGUAUCACCUAGUGAUUCAAUUCCAUCAUCUGGCGAUAGAUCCAACGAGGGUUUAACGCCAUCUACUUCAAAUGAACAAAUUGUGAGAAAAAGUUUGUUAAGUGGAUUAUUUUCUAAUGAAAAGAGUCAUCAUUCAAAUCAUUCGACUUUAUCUCCAAAUUCCAAGUUAUCAUCUGGGCAAAAUUCUUCUACAUCAAGUUUACAUCACCAUCAUCAUGUACUGCCUACUACAAGUAAUAUUUCACACUUGAAUAAAGAUACUAUCACUGCAGCAACAACAGUGACAGCUCACGGUUCAGUAACAUCAGCUCAAGGACCAAUGAACGCAAUAGUACCGUUAGAAGAAAUGAUGCAAAGAGAAAGACGUGGUAGACAAAUGAAUAGACAAUUAACAACAAUACCAACAGAAUCAAGAAAGAUUUCUCGUAGGGACAGUUACAAUAGCCUAUUUUCUGAAGAAGAUGAAGAAGAGGAGAAUGCCUUUAAUGGUAAAGAAAUAUCAAGAGGGAGAAGUAAUAUUCAUAAUAACGGUAACCAUGAUAAACAAUCUAAUGCACCGUUGACUGCUCAAACUAUUUUACCAACUGCCCUAUCCACACAUAUGUUUUUACCAAAUAGUGUUAUUCAACAGCGAAGAGCAUCUAGAAACGGGAAUAUUGCUGAUGAAACACAACAGAAAACAAGAUCAGGUCAAUUCAAAGAUCAAAUUGGACAAACGCCGAUUACAAGAAGAGAAUCUAUAGAUAUUCCAAUAAAAAAUAGAGGUCAUUUGUUUUUAAAAACAAGGAUGGAGAUUUCUGAAGAAGAAAAAUACAUACGGAGAAAACACCUGGGUAAUGCAAAUUGA